AUGCGACGCCUUGUGCUGCUGUACGCAGCGCUGGCGUACGCAUGGGGCCAAGUGCUGACACCAUCACAAGUCACCAUAUCCCUCAAUAAGCCGAUCAAAGCCACCUCGACGUGCGGAGAGAUCAAUGGAAAUCCGAUCAAUGAAGUCUACUGCUCAUUGGCUAGCUCUAUGCAAUACACCCCGCUGAACCAAUACUCCUACUCUGAACGAUCACAAUCCGAGCAGAAGAACCUCUUCCAAGAGCUGAGGGCGCCAAGGGAGAGCCAAAUUCUUGGUGGUCACGGCUGCGGAAACUGUAUGGCCGGCGGCCGGGACUCACACCCGGCUCGCUUCAUGGUUGACGGCAACACGAGCUGGUGGCAAUCCCCGCCGCUGUCGCGUGGUAUGCAGUACAAUGAAGUGAACGUCACCAUCGACCUCGAGCAGGAAUUCCACGUGGCCUACGUCUGGAUCCAAAUGGCGAACUCGCCGAAACCGGGCACUUGGGUGCUGGAAAGAUCGAAGGAUUACGGUAUCACCUACGAGCCGUGGAUGUACUUUGCGCCGACUGAGGCCGAUUGCGUUAGGCGUUUCGGUGCUGAGACCAUCGGACCAGUCUUCGAGGACGAGAAGGUGAUGUGCCGGUACGACUUUGCGUCUAUCCAACCGCUGGAGAAUGCUGAGAUGGUCAUCAAUCUCCUCGAACAUCGCCCCCAGCGCACCCACUUCGCUACCUCUCAAGUCCUGCAGAACUUCACCAGGGCGACGAACGUUCGGUUCCGACUUCUGGGAGUGAGGACGCUACAGGGCCACCUGGUCGACCUGAACGAGAAGAACGACCCAACCGUCACCCGCCGAUAUUUCUACGCCAUCAAGGAGAUUCACAUUGGUGGACGAUGCGUCUGCAAUGGUCAUGCUUCGACUUGCGACGUUCUCGACAGCUCCAGGCCGAACUCGCUGCUUUGUCGCUGCGAGCACCGCACCUGCGGCGAUAUGUGCGACCGUUGCUGUCCGGGCUUCGAGCAAAAGAAGUGGCAGCCUGUCACAGCUACCAACAACUUCACCUGCGAGCCCUGUAACUGCUUCGGCAGAUCGGAGGACUGUAUCUAUGACGAGGAGCUGGACAAAAACAAGCAGUCCCUCGACAUUCAUGGAAACUACGAGGGUGGUGGAAAAUGCUUGAAUUGCCGCGACAACACCGAGGGAAUCAACUGCAACAAGUGCAAGUUCGGUUUCUAUAAGCCGGAGGGGGGCGAGGACUGUGACAGAUGCGCCGCCGGCUACUACGACCCGCCAGAGUGCAAGAAGUGUGAAUGCUCAGUGAAUGGAACCCAAGACCAAGUCUGUCUCCCCACUGAUGGCCUGUGCCCGUGCCUGGAUGGAUACGGUGGAGCUCACUGCGACACUUGCGCCGCUGGCUUUACCAACAUCACCGCCGGAUGCGUCGGCUGCACAUGUGACGACGUUGGAGCCCUUAACUCGAACUGCUCGGCUGUGACCGGCCAGUGCGAGUGCAAGGCCGAAUACUCGGGGCUGAGCUGCGGGCAGUGCGCGCAGGGAUAUUUCGGAUUCCCGAAGUGCACUUACUGCAACUGCGACCCGUCCGGAACUGAGGACGGCAUGUGCGACGCGGAAUCUGGACAGUGCCUCUGCAAGCCCGGAUUCGCUGGAGCAAGAUGCGAUCAGUGCGACACCGAAUUCUUUGGGUACCCCGCUUGCAAACCCUGUGGAUGCGCGGGAGCCGGAGCGAAGAGCACCGAGUGCGACCAAAAGACCGGGGAAUGCCCCUGCUCGGCCAACUUCACCGGCAGGGCUUGCGACAAGUGUGCCGCUGGCUUCUACGACUACCCGACGUGCAGGGCUUGCUCUUGCUUGCUGGAGGGUGCGAAGGGACAGACUUGUGAUCAGAAUGGACAGUGCUACUGCAAGGGCAACUACGAGGGCGAACGGUGCGACAAGUGCAAGCCGAACUUCUACAACUUCCCGAUCUGCGAGGAGUGCAACUGCCACCCGAGUGGUGUUACCCCCAACUUUGCUGGGUGUGACAAGGUUGCCCCCGGAGAGCUCUGCUCCUGCCGAAAGCACGUUACCGGCCGCAUCUGCGACCAGUGCAAGCCGACCUACUGGGACCUCCAGUACCACCACCCUGAUGGUUGCAUCAGCUGCGAUUGUAACCUGCCCGGAACCCUGUCGAUGCUGAACUCGUGCGAUGGAAAGACUGGCCAGUGCGUGUGCAAGCGACAUGUUGGUGGACGAGCCUGCGACAAGUGCGGCGAGGGCUACUACAACAUGAGGGCGCACAAUCAGCUGGGAUGCGAGCCCUGCAAUUGUGACCUUGGCGGUUCCCUGCGUGGCGAGUGCGACUCCUCCUCCGGCCAGUGCAAGUGCCGUCCACGCGUCGGCGGCCUGAAGUGCGACGAGCCCAUCGACAACCACUACUUCCCGACGUUGUGGCACAACAUCUACGAGGCAGAAGACGGCCAUAACAUUGACAACCGCCCCGUCCGAUUCUCGACCGAUGAGUCGCAGUUCAAGAACUUUAGCUGGAGGGGAUAUGCUGUGUUUUCGCCGAUUCAGGAAAAGAUCAUUCUCGACAUUGACAUCUCCAAGUCGUCGGUCUACCGCGUUCUGCUGCACUAUCAUAACCCGACCACAGUCCCGAUCACUGCGAUUUUGGCCGUUGCUCCGAGCCGUAUUUCGACACACGACGUCGAGCAGUCCGAGAAGAUCACUUUUGUACCUACUUCUGAACCAUCCACGAUUGAAGCUACUUUGCCUGGAAAGCCGUUCGUGCUCAAUCCCGGAAAGUGGGCUUUGUCGUUGACGACAAAGCAGAGGUUGUUCUUGGACUACGCCGUCAUCAUCCCACAAGAGUACUACGAAGGCACCAUUCUCAAAGAACGACUCCCCGAUCCGUGCCAAGCCUUCAGCAUCCACAACACGACCUGCUUGGACUUGCUGUACCCACCGCUUGAUGCGGCUGUGUCUCGAAUUGAGGGAGACUCCAACAACAUGCCCUUCAUUGAGGUGUACGACGAGGAAGACGCCAAGGAAGAGCGACCACUGGAGAUUAUGGCAGCAGAUCUUCUGCCGGAGAAAAUUGUCGGAACCGCGGCUCAUGUGAAAAAGGCUGAUAAGAAUCGGAUGAUCAAGGCAAAGCUCGACGUCCCCGAAGAUGGUGACUACGUGGUCGUCGUGGAGUACCACAACACCAAGGAGACCAACCUCCCGCUCCAGCUCGAAAUCGUUCAAGACGGCAAGACGAAGCUUGACGGAACUGCCAUCAUUCAACACUGCCCAUUCUCUACCUUCUGCCGCGAGCUCGUCACGGCCGGAGGUAACAUCCCGGAGCUGCGACUCAACAAGGGAGAAGCCGAGCUGCAGUUCAGCGUUGACCACCGCAGCGAGUUCGCCCUGGCCAGUGUCAGCUUGAUCCCGAGGGACAAGUGGAACCACAAGCUGCUCCAUCAGUUCCCCGUUUGCACGCGCAAGAACGGAAAGUGCAUCCCUCAAGCCUACCCGCCGGCCCAAAACUCGGUGACCAACGAGGUGGAGGAUGGCCACAACGCCGAGAAAGCCGUCGAGGGAGCCGCUCUGCCAUUUGAGAUUGCCAACAAGGACUCGAUCAAGUUGUUGCAGCUUGAGCCGGAACAGCAAAUCGAAAUCUCGGGCGUCGUCCCCCAACGUGGUCACUACCGCUUCAUCGUCAACUACUACAAUCAGGACAACACUCCAUUCGAGGCUGAUGUUUUGGUGCAGAAUAACGAUCAAUACUACCACGGAACUCUACCGCUCGAGUACUGCCCCUCAAUCUCCGGAUGCCGCGCCGUGAUUCAUGAUCGCGAUCGUGGAAAGCAGAUCAACCAAUUCUGGAUGGAGGAGAAGUACACGCUCACCUUCACCGUCAACGACACGACGAAGCCUAUCUACAUUGAUUCUGUAACCGCCGUCCCCUACUCGGACUACAACGACAAUCUGAUGAAGCUGCAACCCAUCGACUUGUCGAGCGAGUUUGUCGAGCAGUGCAAGGAGAACAUCUUCAAGAAUGCCAACGCCUCCGACUUCUGUCGUGACAAGAUCUUUACCCUGACCACCGACUUCAACCAGGCCGCCCUGUCGUGUGAUUGCAUGGCUGCUGGCUCCUCCUCGUUCAACUGCCAGCCCUACGGCGGCCAGUGCGACUGCAAGGCCAACAUCAUCGGAAGACGCUGUGAUCGAUGCGCUCCCGGGCACUACUCGUAUCCGGAUUGCUUGAAAUGCAAAUGUGGCCCGAACCAACAGUGCGACGAGCAGACCGGCCAGUGCUACUGCGCCCCGCAUGUUGAUGGACAGAAUUGCGACAAGUGCGUCUCCAACGCGUACGGCUACGACCCGCUGAUCGGAUGCCAGCUUUGCGGAUGUAAUCGUGACGGAUCUGAUGGCGGAAACCUCGAAUGCGACCCCCUGAACGGCCAAUGUCUCUGCAAGGAGAAUGUCGGCGGAAGGAUGUGCGAUCGUUGCUUGGCCGGAUUCUACCGUUUCCCCCACUGCGCCGAGUGCAGAUGUAACCGAGACGGUACCACCGAAGACGUCUGUGACCCACAUACGGCUGUCUGUCGCUGCAAGGAGAACGUGUAUGGUCCGAUGUGCGAGAGCUGCAAGCCUGGAACCUUCGAUUUGUCGGAUGCCAACCCGCAGGGAUGUGCUGACUGCUUCUGCUUCGGCGUCACUGAUCAGUGCCGAUCCGGGAACUUCCCGUUGGCUAUGAUGGCGUUUAACAUCUCCGGCUACAGCGCCAGCGACAAGAACGGCCAGACCACCGUCGUCAAGGACAUCGUCAAGUACGAGCCAGGAGAGGGUGGAGCGCCCAAGGACGUCUACAUCAACGUCCCGAUCCCGUCCGGGUCCGACUAUACCGGAAGCUACGGACUGAUGAUCCACUACAAGCUCGCCGUUCAACCCCCGGAUGACUCCAAAACCAUGUCAUCGGAGCCUGAUCUCCGUCUGACGGGCCGUAACGUCACUGCCGAUUUCUGGGCUCCAGAGCAACCGGCCGAUCCAUCGGUGCCGUUCUCCGUGGAGCUGGACAUCUUACCGGAAAAUUUCCUCACCUCCACCGGCAAGCCCAUCACCCGGCCCGGAUCUGAUGAUGCUCCUCUUCCACCUCGAGAACAUCCAGGUCAAGGGCUCUUUGGCAUUGAAGUCUCUCGCGAAGACUAUGGAGACACCAGACGCAAGGCUUCCUCCGUGGAACAGUGCGGAUGUCCGGCACCGUACAAGGGAGCGUCGUGUCAGGAAUGCAACGACGGCUACUACCGCGUGAAGACCGGCCCGUACCUUGGAGCCUGCGUUCCGUGCGAAUGCAGCGGACACUCUGGUACCUGCGAUCCGGAGACUGGAAUCUGUUCCGACUGCGAGCACAAUACGCACGGAGACCACUGCGAGUACUGUAACGAAGGCUUCUACGGUGACGCCACCGAGAUGAGCCCGUAUGCCUGUACCGUCUGCAGCUGCCCGACCCCAACCAACAACGUGGCAACGGCCUGCCAGGCUUCGGAUUAUGGAGAGAUGUUGUCGUGCACUUGCAAGCCUGGAUACUCUGGGGAGACUUGCGACCGCUGUGACAGUGGAUUCUUCGGUGAGCCAACGCUGGACGGAGGCAUCUGUCAGCAAUGUAACUGCAACGGAAACAACAAUUUGACCGAUCCGAGAGCUUGCCAUCCUCAGUCUGGUGACUGCUACAUGUGCGAGAAGCAUACCAGCGGCCGUCACUGCGAGUGGUGCGAAGAGUGGUACUACGGCGACGCUGUCGAGAAGAAGAACUGCGCCGAAUGUGGAUGCGAUCGCUGCGGAGCCGACUACUGCGAUAACAAGAACGGCACCUGCCAAUGCAAGCCGAACAUUGGCGGCGAGAAGUGCGACCACUGCGUUGCUGAUCAUUGGGGUUUCGAUACUUGUCAGGGAUGCCGCGCCUGCCACUGUGGUCUGGCUUCAUCCUCCUCCCAAUGCCACGAUCAAACCGGACAGUGCGCUUGCCUGCCCGGAGCUGCCGGACUUCGCUGUGAAGUUUGCGAGAACGGUUUCUGGAACUACGGACCGAAUGGAUGUCAGAAGUGCGACUGUGAGGCCGAUCUGUCGAUGGGAACUGUCUGUGACGUACGCACCGGCCAGUGCCACUGCCAAGAAGGCGCCACGGGACCUCGUUGUGACCAGUGUCUGCCAAGUUAUCUCAGGAUUCCGACGCAUGGCUGUAGACGAUGUGACGAAUGCGUCCACUCCCUCUCCACGGACGUCGACCGCCUUGGACUCUCUACCUUCGAUCUCGAAGGAGCUAUCGGAAACAUUUCCGCUUCUACCGUAGCUGGUGCUCGAUUGAGCCGCUCCAACAAGACGCUGUUCAACAUCCAGAGCGUCGCCGACAAGAUCAACAACUUCAACCUGGAAGACCACACCGGAUUCUUAAGCGAGGCGAGGGCCGUCACCGGCAACGUUACAGCUCUGGCGAGCUCGGCAAACCGGACGGCUUGGGUGAUGAACGACGAUCUGACACGUGGCCAAAACCUGACCGGAAAAGCUGAAGACGUUCUGACAAACAUCCGAGAUCGCGCAGGAGUUGCCACCAUGGUUGUUGAUGAGAUGAAGAAUCUGGCGAACAGCAUCGGAAGUGGGGCGAAGGCGCUUGAGGUCAAGCCCGAAUGGCUUUCGGAGGCCCAGCAGACUUUGGAGACGCUCAAGAACUUCAAUGAUCAACGCCCACCCAAACUUGAAGAAGUCCAGAACCGAGUCGAGGCUGUCAAGGAGAAGAUCACUGAAUUCUCGUCGAAGAACACGGCGAUGAAGGAGCGAUUCGAGAAGACGUUGAAGUCGGUCGAAGAUGCUCAGACGUUCGUCAAGGAUGCCGAGACCGAGCUGGCCAAGACGAGCAAGAAUAUCCGGGAAGCUAACCAAAAGCGCAAAGACCUCUCCCUGUUCCACCUCGAAUCGCUCGGCUCUGGAAUCCUCGCCGACUCCGAGACGGCCCGGACCAACCGGAAGGCGGUCGAUGGGCUGACAAACGAUGCGGAUGAGGAACUGGCAAAGCUGAAGGAGCAAAACGAGGCCAUCAAGGCGAGCAAGGACAAGCUUGGAGAGACCAAGAUCAAGCUGGCCGAAGCGAAGGACGAGACUGGAAUCAGGAUGAAACGGGAUGUUAAUGACGUUGAACUUAGGGCCAAUGCUCGUGCUCACGCCGACACCCUCAAGCGCCAAUCCCAAGAGCUCGACCACAAGUUCGGAGGUUCCCGCCAAGCUUCUCACUUUGCGGUAGAAGCAGCUGGUGCUCACGACAAGAUCGCAGAGUCUCUGAAGAACGCUUCCGCCAAGGCCGACGACAUCCAGUUGGCCCUCAGCGAGCACGACAUCGAGAGCAUGAAGAAGGAGGUGGCAGAUGGAAAUGAGAAGACCCAGGAGCUGACCCAGAAGACGAACAACCUGAAGAAUGAGGACCUCACCAAGCUGAAGGCCGAGUCCGAGCAGGCCAAGCAGAGGGCACAGGCUGUCAAGCAGGAGAUCGAGAGUUUGAAGGAGCGGAAGAGGAAUGUUGAUGAGAUGAUAGCCAAGCCGGCUUAUGACAAGAGCCAGCUCGAGGCGAUUAGCACUCAAGUCGACUCGUUGGCCGAGAAGCACAAGGAUUUGAUGGGCUCGCUGCAGGACAAUCGGGAGGAGCUCAAGAAAAACGCGGAAUCCGCUGAGAAGGCCAUCGAAAAUUACACGAAGGCCAAGCAGGGCAUCAAGGUCAUCAACAAGAACAUCGAGAACCUGAAGACGUUGAUCCCAGAUGUCUCCAACCGGUUCAACGCGGCCCUCGAGGCGCAAAAGGGAAUCCAGCAGAAGCUCGACGACGUCAUGGCCAGGGUCAACGAGAUGAAGGAACGGAUCUCGAUCGCCCGCGACACCGCGAAUCGCAUCAAGCUGGGCGCCCACUUCGAGAAGGGAAGCAGCUUGGACUUGUCGUUGCCGGAUAGGGUCACUCGAUCUGCCGCCUAUUCGGAUAUUUCGUUUAACUUCAGGACCACGCAACCGCAUGGUAUUCCGCUGUUCUUUGGAAAUGAGGAAGGAUCUUCCGGAACUCGAGCUGUCCCCACCGACGAUUACAUUGCUGUCGAGAUUGAGCACGGUCGCCCGAAAGUGUCGAUGAACUUGGGCGACGAGCCGGUUGUUGUACUGCUUGAUACCCCUGUCACCGACGGCCAAUGGCGACGCCUUCACAUCGAGAGAAUCGGAAAAUCGGUGUCUGUGACGCUGUACGAGCCUGACUCUGAGAUGUUCCACGAGAAACGCAGCUCCACCGCCAAGGGCUACAAGUCGGUGCUGAACUUGCACCAGAAGCUGAGCCGGCUCUUUGUGGGAGGAAUUCCGCAGUACACUAGGGUCACCCGCGACGUGCACAACCGCGACUUCGUCGGUGACGUCGAGGGACUCCAGAUGCACGGCCAGCCAGUCGGACUUUGGAACGCGAGACCGCAGGGUGUCGUCCAAGUUCAAGGCGUCGAGCGCUUCUCGCCGGAUACCAUCGAUCUUAAGUCGGAAAUCUCUCUCGAUGGAGCCGGAUACGCCACCUACAAAAUGGGAGCCUGGAAUCCGAGGCAGAAGACGAACUUCCAGCUGUCAUUCUUGACGUUCUCGCCGGAGGGACUGUUGUUCUUUAUCGGACUGGAGCGCGACUUCCUCUCCCUCGAACUUCACGAUGGUAACGUCAAAGCCUCCUUGGACCUUGGAACUGGAGUUGGAACUUUCGAGUCAACCGGACUUCAACUAAACGAUGGUCAAUGGCACACGGUAGCUGUCAACCGUGUCGAGAAGCACGUCGUCGUGACGGUCGAUGGGGAAACGGUAGCAGAAGGGGACGCCCCUGGCGACAUGUCCGAGCUGUCCAUCUCCGAUUUCUACUACCUGGGUGGUACCCCGAUGGGUGUCAACGUCAGGACAACGGUCGAGACACUGCGUGGAUGCAUCAAGGACGUUCGCCUCGACGGUGCCAACGUCAACCUCCAGAAGUCGCAGGAGAGCAAGGGCGUCAGGAAUGCUUGUACUGCGCAUGUGGUUCGCGAGAUCUCGAUUCUCUCCGAACGCUCUCGUGCCGCCUUCUCCAACAUCACCAUCGCCGAUGAAGUCGAAGCCACGCUCAAAUUCAAGACCCAAGAGUCCACUGGACAACUGUUGACCAUCGCUACCGAGGAUGAUAUCCCAAUCCUCCUGAUCGGCUACAUCAACGGCAUGCUGCACGUCGAGUCGAAUGGCAAGGAGAAGGCUACCGUAGAGCUCGCCUCGGCUUCUGAUAGCCAAUGGCACUACGUGGCUGUACGCCGGACGAAGGAGAAUCUGCGCGUUGACGUCGACGAUCUGUUCAGCCACGAGAUUCCGAGGGUGGCGGACAGCGAGAUGAUUCCUCAAAACCAAGUUUCAGAGGCCGGCGAAAAGGGCAAGAUCGUCUUCGGCAAGCACGAGAAGGGCCACUUCAUCGGCUGCAUCGGGGAUGUAACGCUGAAUGGAAAGUUGCUGAACUUUGCCAAGGCCGAAACCACCGAAGUGCAACGCAGCGGCUGUGCUCUGGCUCCGGAUCAGCAGUCGACAUCGGCGAGCCGGUCACCCAACUUCCAACCGACGAUGGUGAGGAAAUUUCGGAUAUUGAGGACGCUACCACGACAACGGUUGCGACACCAAAGAUCACCCGUCGCCCCAACCAGUGCUUCCUGCCCAGAAACUCCAUCGGACCUCAAGAAGAUUCCGAUGGACUUCGCUACGGUGCUCAUCCCAACUCGCGACUUGAAUUCGAAAAGACCCCCGGAUCCGUUUGAUAAGAGCGGCACCUUCUCCUUCCAACUUCGCGCGACCGGGUCAUCUGGAGUUAUCUUGUAUGCCACCGACGGCAAGGACCACAUCGGAAUCUACCUGGCGAACGGCAUGAUCAAAUUUGCCUUCGAUACCGGAAGUGGACAGAUCACAAUCGCAUCUAACCGAUCCCUUCUCGACGACGAGUGGCACACCGUCAAGGCGUACAGAAAUGGAAAUGGCGGUACGCUUACCGUCGACACCGAACUGGUUGAGGUCCCGUCUACUGACAUCUCCGGUGGCUCCGAAUCUGUCGAUACCGUGCCCCCGCUCUAUUUCGGUGGUGUCCCCACGAAUCUGGCAAAUCCCGUCCGAACCGUCGUCCCGCAGAUCAGAACCGAAUUCUCGGGAUGCCUGCGCGACUUGAAGCUCAACGACAAGAAGCUGGACGCCGAGGCCAAGGAGAUCGGCACCGUGCCCUGUGAUCAGUUCCAGGAGAGCGGUAUGUUCUUCGGGGAUGCCGGAGGGUACGCCAUCAUCAGCAAGGAGUUCACGGUCGGUACCACCUUCACUGCCGAGCUCGAGGUUCGUCCUCGUGUCAACACUGCCGUCUUGUUCUCCGUCGGAGUGCUGGAGUACGUCAAUCUGGAGAUCAUCAAUGGAAAGGUCCGCCUCUCCGUCGAAUCCGGUGACGGCGCCGAGUCGAUCAACUACAGCCCAUACAGCGGAAACGUGUCUCUUUGUGACGGUCAUUGGCACAGUAUUAAGAUCAACAAGAAGAAGCACGUCCUCGCCCUGACCGUCGAUGGUCGCUCCCAGCUGAAGAUUCUAAAGAAGACUGGAAAAUCAGAGAUCUUGACGAAAGACCCGGUCUAUGUUGGAGGAGUUCCGGAAGGAGCUGCGAAUAAGGGAUUGAAAACGCGAGACACCUUCGUCGGCUGCAUGCGCGUCGUGCACUUUGGCAACAAGAAGGAGCGCCUCCGCGUCCGCAUGAGGAAGCAGAUCCCAGCCUCGGAAAUUGAUGUCUUUGGCGACGUCAACAAAAUGGAGUGCCCUGUUAAC